AUGAUGGAAGUCGGAGGUUUUAAUUUUUCCGAAUCGUCAUUUGGUUUUUGCGAAAGUUUCAACGGCGGAACAACAACCGGAACAGUUUUUGCAAAAUUGAUAAACACGCUUAUGGCGGCUCAAUGCGCUUUGAGCGUCGAUUACCCGGAAGACAAAUGGAAAUCCCUCGUUAACGGUCAAAAUUUUGAUUUCAUCAUAAUCGGAGCCGGCUCGGCCGGAUCCGUCGUGGCAAAUCGUUUGUCGGAAAAUCCAAAUUGGUCGGUUUUACUUAUAGAAGCCGGUGGAUCACCGACGCCGACAUCGGAAAUUCCGGGACUAUGGAUAAGCAGCCUGAAAACAAAAAUGGAUUGGAAUUACAAAUUGGAAAAAAUGACGAAUUGCUGUUUGGGAAUGAUCGAGGAAAAAUGUUUGUCUCCUAGGGGAAAAGUUUUAGGGGGAACGAGCGUCAUCAACGCCAUGAUAUACGUUCGUGGAAAUCCGGAAGAUUACAACGAAUGGGAAAAUAUGGGAAACGAGGGUUGGGCGUAUAAAAACAUAUUGAAAUAUUUCAAGAGAUCUGAGAAAAUGUCCGGCUUCAAUUUCGUAGACGAAAACGAAAUAUCGAAACUCGUGUCGAAAAAAUAUCACUCGUCCAAAGGAUUGUUGAACGUCGAACAUUUCGGAAAGAGACCGAACGUGGACUAUUUGAAAAAUGUGAUUUUCGAUGGAGUCGAAGAACUCGGAGAAUUUUACGUGUCCGACGUGAACGGAAGAUUUCAACUCGGUUUCACGGAACCGCAAACGACGACGGAAAACGGAAGGAGAGCAAACACGGCCAAAACUUUUCUGAAUCCGAUAAAGGGAAGAAAAAAUUUGCUCAUCGUUAAAAAUUCAAUGGCACACAAAUUGAUAUUGGAUAGAAAAAGAGUGAUAGGCGUUCAGGUCGAAUCGAACGGGGAAAUGAAAAGAGUUUUCGUGCACAAGGAAGUGAUACUCUCGGCGGGUUCCAUCAACACGCCACAAUUGUUGAUGCUCUCCGGGAUAGGACCGAGACAACAUUUGGAAUCGUUGAACAUACCCGUCGUCCACGAAAUGAACGGCGUGGGACAAAAUUUGCAAGAUCACGUCGUCACGUACGUCGCUCCGAUAUCGAUAAAUAAACACAAACCGGAUAAAAUGUCACGUCCGGGUGACGAUUUAAGUCACUAUCACGAUUUUUUACUUCACGGCACCGGACCCUAUUCGUCUUUCACGAAUUUAGACGUCGUGGGUUUCGUAAACACGUUUAAAAAUUCAACUCUCCCGGACGUUCAGUAUCACUUCAUGUAUUUUUACUUGAACGACACGGAGAGCGUGAAAAAAUUCACAAGAGUUCUCAAUUUGAAACCGGAAAUAGGAAACGAAUACGUUAAAAUCGUACGCGACGCGAAUCUCCUCCUCAUUUCGACGACUCUUCUCCGACCCAAAAGCACGGGUAGAAUCGAAUUGAAAAGUUCGAAUCCCUACGACAGCCCGAAAAUAAUCGGGAAUUAUUUGAACGUUCCCGGAGACCUGGACACGUUGAUACGAGGCGUCGAAUUCGUCGUUUCAUUGAGCGAAACGAAAUCGUUGAAAAUGAGAGAAUCGAAUUUGGAACGGAUUCGUUUGAAAAAUUGUUCGUCGGAAAAAUUCAAGAGUCGAGAAUAUUGGACGUGUUUGAUAAGGCAUUUGUCGACGAAUUUAUAUCAUCCCGUGGGAACGUGUAAAAUGGGACCGAAAAAAGAUUCCACGUCCGUCGUCGAUUCCAAACUCAAAGUUCACGGUUUGACGAAUUUAAGAAUAGCCGAUGGAAGCAUAAUGCCUCUCAUAGUGAGAGGAAACACGAACGCUGCGUGCAUUAUGAUCGGUGAAAAAGCGGCGCAAAUGAUAAAAGACGAUUGGGAUUUGUAA